CUCUAAAGUCCGCUGAGAGCUCCUCCUCAGCAGGAGGUCGUUUAUGGAGUAAAACGCGAGUUCACGUGAUGCUGUAAACUGAAACACUUUCUAUGAGUGAAGCUGUGAACUUUUCCACACAGACAGAAUGUGGAAACCCUCCUCCGGGUCUCGCGCUGCAGCAGCCGCGGUCAGCUGCCUGCUGGUGACCGGAGUGCUGCUGGUGCUCACUGGCGGACACCCGGAGGAGCUUCCCCCGGCUGCUGCUGGGGGACCGGACUCCAGCGCUUUCUCGGCUUAUAUCAGGAGACUUGCCCGCGAGAGGAGAGCGGUGAGCGGUGUCCCGCGGAUCAUCACACCUCCUCCACCUGUGGAGCAUCUCUCCCAGGCCGACCUUUUCAUAGCGGUGAAAACCACCGGGAGGUAUCACCGCUCCAGGCUAGAGCUGCUGCUGGACACCUGGAUCUCCAGGAGCCCUCAGCAGACGUACGUGUUCACUGAUGGCGAUGAUGAUUGGCUGAGGAAAAGGAUGGGAACACAUCUGAUCAACACCAACUGCUCAGCAGCACACAGUCGUCAGGCCCUCUCCUGUAAAAUGGCUCUGGAGUACGAUACGUUCCUGAUCUAUGGAAAGAAGUGGUUCUGCCACGUGGAUGACGAUAACUACCUAAACAUCGGCUCCCUCUUGAAACUCCUGUCUCAGUACAGCCACACUCAAGACAUUUACAUCGGUCGGCCGAGCCUCGAACGGCCGAUUGAAGCUACAGAGAUGUUGGACACUAAAGAAAUGAAGCAGGUUCAUUUCUGGUUUGCUACUGGAGGAGCCGGGUUCUGUCUUAGCAGAGGUCUUGCACUGAAGAUGAAGCCAUGGGCAAGUGACGGUGCUUUCAUGGCCACAGCUGAGCACAUUCGACUGCCUGAUGACUGCACCGUUGGCUACAUCGUGGAGGCGCAGCUUGGUGUGAGCCUUACCCGCUCUGCGUUGUUUCACUCCCAUCUAGAAAACCUGGGGCUGGUGUCAGACAUAAAGAACCAGGUCACUCUAAGCUACGGCACUGUGGAAAGCAGGAGGAACACCGUUAAUUUGAAAGGAUCGUUUUCAGCAAACGACGAUCCCACCAGAUUCAGGUCUGUCCAUUGUCUGUUGUACCCAGACACGUCUUGGUGCCCCAGCCUCUAGUGACUCCAACACCCAUCCAGAGACAAAGAAAGCGGUAUAAAGAGAUGCAGGACAAACACGUCUGCAGAGUUUGUUGCAGAGUCCUCUACUUCCAUGCUCUGCAGAAUGUCAAGGGCACGCAGAUGUAAAUAUGUUUCUUAUUUUCUCACUAGAAGAGGGACUUUUUAGAAAGAAGCAGUUGCAUCAGUUUUAAACCUGAACUUUGACCCUGCCUGUUUCUGCUUUUUUGACACAAUUUUAUCAUUUUACUUGAGACACAAGUAGUGCUGUUUGAUGCCUUGCUCAGUCCUUCCUUUAAGUCUGUAUUUAUGAGUUUAUCAUGUCUCUUUCUCUUUAUGCACUAAAGUUAACAGCAGGAUUAAAUUAGCUGGGACUAAUAUAAUGAAAUUAAGGAAUCUGUCACUGAAGGUGGGUUCAACCAUUUGUUUUUAGCUUGACUGAGCAAAGUUUUAAAGUAUUAACAUCUUUGAUAUGAGCACUUUGACUAUUUUUAGUUCUGCAUUUUAUCAAAUGAAGAAAAGAAAACACACAGGACACAAGCUAGAUGUCUUAUGAAGCUGCUCACCUCAGCUUGCUGAUUCUAAAACGGCUGCAUUUCUUUACGGUAAAACAAGCAGAUUUCCUCAGAUCUCACUGUUCUGUAACUUCAUACUUUAAAAAUUUUCAAAGCCCGUGUGCAAAAAUCAUUUUCAAGUUAAAGUAACAAUCCAGAGUUUUUCCCCUUUCAGGAAUUAUUUAUGUUUUUUUGUAUAAAAGUGAUAGUCUUACCGUGUACUGUGUUAUAAUGUAGGCAAUACAUCAGUUUAGUUUGUUGCUAAGCCCACUCUCUGUCCCGUAGAGCCCCAUGCAAUUUUCCUUUACCGCCACCUCAGCAUUAGCCAUUAGCGUUCGACAUCUGCUUACACACAGAUGUCAGUCACUGAGCUUGCACGGGUGUGUUUGCUGAAGUACCACGACUGAACGGCAUUUUCGAGCUGUUCACAAAGCUGCAGACACGGACAAUCAUGGAUCAGCUACAGCUAGCUCAUCACCACCAGUGUGUGAAUAGGUGUGUGCACAUGGGGGAAUGACUGAUUGUCUUGUUAAGUGUCCUGGGGUGUUCUAGGACCCUCGAAGGUGCUAUAUCAAAUACAGGCCAUUUUUUAAUAGUUAAAGUCCCAAUAGUCAUCACACACUGGUGAAAUUACAGCUCCACGUUUGAUCCAUCCCUGUGGGGGAGCGGUGAGCUGCAGCUGUGGCUGUGCUUAGGAACUAUUUGGUGGUUUAACCGCCUAAUCCAACCCCUUAAAGCUGAGUUUUAAGCAGGGAGGCACUGGGUCCAAUUGAUAAAGUCUUGGGUAUGACCCAACUGGGAUUUAAACCCCGAUCUCCCAGUCUCAGGGCAGACACUCAUUUCACUAGGCCACUUAGAAGGUAAUAAACAAUGUGUUUUAGCUCAUUUGCACAUUCACAAACAAGAGGCUCUACUUCCAGUCAAUAUCAUGGAAAUAGAGGGAGGGGUUUAUUGUGCAUAUUGUUCCGCCUCUAGAAGAUGCCCUUUGAGAAAAAACUCCGGAGUUCUGCUUUAAUGGGAGGUCAAAGGAAUGGACAGAGAUCCAAAUCCAUCAUAGACUGCAUUUAAAAUGUUUUAGAUGUCCCAACUGAAGGUUUUAUGACUCAUGUUGAGUUAUGUUCUGUCUUUCUGUGCAGAAAAAAAUGCUGUUUUUGCCUUUAUUGUGUCUCUCCAGUAUCUGGACUGUAAGCUAACAUGUUUAAUAAAAACUUAAUGAAUCA